AUGGAAAUAAUAGACAUGAUGAACAAUAAGUUGCAAUUGUUCAAUGUAUUACUUCUCAUUGUGGCAACUAUUGUAGCAACAAAAUUAAUACGUAAAACUCUCUUAAUCAAGAGCGACAAACGCUUACCACCAGUGGUGAAAGGGCUGAUCCCUUUGAUCGGGGGCGUGGUUCGCUUCGUAGCGAACCCUGUAGAGAUGCUCAAGGAGGAGUACCAGAUGUUAGAAAUAAACCUUGGAAGUGUAUUCACUAUAGAUGUAGUGUACAAGAAAAUAACGUUCUUACUCGAACCCGACGUAUCGACUUACUUCUUUAAGGCCGGCGAGAGUGAAUUAAGUCAGAAAGAAGUGUACGGGUUCACCGUGCCUAUAUUUGGACCUGGGAUCGUGUAUGACGCAGAGUAUUCAGUGCGUAAGGAGCAGUUUCACUUCUUUGAGAAGUCUUUUCGUAUCGAUAAACUCCGUGGUUUUGUUGAUUAUAUGAGCCUAGAAGUUAAGGAUUAUUUUUCCAAAUGGGAAGAUAUUGGUGAAGUAGAUUUAAAACAAGAAAUGGAGAAUCUCAUCAUCUUAAUAGCAAGUCGAUGUUUUCUUGGUCAAGAAGUCCGUGAAAGUCUCUCGGAAGACAUAGCUACCCUUAUCUAUGAAAUCAAUGUUGCAAUGGGUCCUCUAACAACAUUGUUCCCUCAUCUACCCAUCCCACCUCACCGGCGCCGCGACAAAGCCCGUAAAAGACUAGAUAACAUUUUCUCAAACAUAAUAUCUUCUCGUAGAUCAUCACCAAAAUCCGAGGAUGACAUGCUGCAGAGUCUUAUUAACUCCAAGUACAAAGAUGGUCGUGCCACAACCGUUACAGAGGUAACAGGUAUGCUCAUUACUGCCCUCUAUGGCGGUCAACGUUCAGGUUCUGCUACGGCUACUUGGACAGGUGCUUACCUUGUUCACUAUAAGAAGUUCUGGUCUGAUGCUGUGGAAGAGCAGAGAAGGUUGAUGAAAAAACAUGGAGACGCGAUAACAUAUGAUGUAAUAUCUGAUAUGCAUCUUUUAUACCGUUGCAUCAAAGAAGCAUUGAGGCUACACCCGCCACUAGCAAUGCUAUUGCGUAAAUCCCAUAAAGAUUUUAGUGUGACUACUCGAAAGGGUGACAAGUACGAAAUCCCAAAAGGCCAUAUAAUCGCAGCCUCACCAGUUUUGUCUAAUCGUGUUCCACAUAUUUACACAAAUCUUGAUAGUUACGAUCCUGAAAGGUUUUGCCCUGGAAGAGAGGAGGAUAGAUUGGCUGGCCCAUUCUCGUUCUUAUCGUUUGGUGGAGGCAAGCAUAGUUGCAUUGGUGAGACAUUUGCAUACUUGGAGAUAAACACUAUAUGGAGCUAUUUGAUUCGGAACUUUGAGCUCGAGUUGACUUCACCGUUCCCAGAGACUGAAUAUAAUGAAAUAGUAUGGAGUCCGAAAGGAAAGGUGAUGGUACGAUACAAGCGUAGGAAACUUGUUAUUGAGUAAAUGUUGGGAUUGUACAAUUCUUCAACUAACUCGGUCUUCGUUUGUAAUAAAGUUUGUUUUAAGAAACUAUCCAAUGACGCAAAUGCUUUUUUAUAUUUAACGAACAACCGAA